AUGGAAAGUAAGCUCAAAGCUCUUGAAGGCACAGACAACUCACCCUUACUCCCAGUUUCAGAUAACGCUAAUUCAAACCCUUACGUUCAGCAGUCUAGGAAAUCGCAUUAUAUUUCCGAAGUUAGAAUUGUCGACAUCAUAGUUCUAAUGGUUACAUUUGGAACAAUCUUGUCCUCGCCUUCUGUGUUCACCUUCAUGUCCUUGCCUCCCCAAACUCCAAGUUUCCAACUCGACUCUCUUUUCCUUUCAAAUUUCAACAUUUCAAACACAACCUUCAGGACUGAUUGGGAUACGACUCUUACUAUAGAGAACCCCAACAUGAUCUCGACGGUUAACAUCAAUAGCAUAAAGGGAUUGAUUUCGUACAAAGACAACUCUCUUGCUAUGUACUCGAUCAAACCAUUGGAGUUGGGAUGCAUGGAGCACAGGCUGGUGCAUGUGAAGAUAUCAACAAUGACAACGAAUAGAUGGAUUUUCGAAGAGAUCAAUAGACAACGAGAUGAAAAUGAAGCAGUGAGGUUCAACAUGACAAUGUUUGUUUCACCUACAUAUACGAGUGGCUGGUGGGGAAUCGAAAAUGUUGUGUUAAACCCUCGGUGUAUGGAUUUGAAGGUUGCAUUCCUUCCUAGAGCAGGGUUCGGAAGUUGGGUAAAUAGAGGGCCCAAGAAAUGCUCACUUCCUAUAUUGUGA